AUGGCAAGCCAUCCUUACCAACCAUCCAUUGGUCCGGAGAAUCCUCCGUGGCAGUCGAUGGAUGAAUGUCCUGCAGAGACUAUGACAACGCAAAGUGGACAAGACAGAGCCUAUCACACCUACUAUAAGGGGAAUGCGUGUACAGCCUGUCGGCGGAUGAAGUCUAAAUGUGAUACGGCGAAGCCUACUUGUGGAACUUGUUCUAAAUUUAACCGGAAAUGCGCCUAUGAUAUGACACGGAAGAAAAGUGGCCCAAAGCGAGGAUAUACAGCGGUCUUGGGUUCUCGAUUAGCACAAGUAGAGGCGUUGCUUAAUGCCCAACAGCUUAGUAUUGCAGGAAAUCAAACCCCUUCCGCCACCCUUCCAGAUGAACGGAUGAAUAGGGUCGCUCACCCUAAUUCGAGCCGUACUGGUUCUUAUCCAGACAGGAUAUCAGAAACUGAUUCCUCGCGAUCAUCAACCACUGAGGGGGUAUUUGCAAGACCCAGCGUUGGGCUAGAUAUCAUUGAUGUUCAUAUUUACAUGCCGAUUAUACAUCAUCAUACGCACCUAGCCGUGUUAGAUUAUGCUCCUCAUGCUCGGCCCCCAAUAUGCCUUCGAUACAUGAUCUGGUGUCAUGCAGCCCUCGUCAGCGAAAAGUAUAACAAUCUACAUCCAAUUUUUUACGAAAGAGCCCGCAAGUACGCCGAGGCGGAUGAGAUGAAAGGCUAUGGAGGAGGGAUCCUCUCCUUAGCACAUGUUCAGACAUGGCUCCUUACCACCGUGUACGAGUACAAGAUGAUGUUCUUUCCCAGAGCAUGGUUAAGUUGUGGAAAGGCAUCUAGGCUCGCAAUCAUGCUAGGGCUGCAUCAAGUAGAUAAACCAAAUCCUCAGGUGAAACAAUGCUUCAUACCUGCCUCAAAUUGGGUUGAAAAGGAGGAGAGACGGAGAGCAUUCUGGAUGACCUUCUGUACUGAUAAAAUUGCCGUCAUUGGAACAGGAUGGCCUGUUGGGAUCAACGAGACAGAAGUCAUGACAAAUCUUCCUGCUAGCGAGGAAGCCUUCAUUACAGGCACGCCAGAGCCAACAGCACCUCUUAGCGAUGUUUUAAGGGGUGAGGGACUGGAAACGCUGUCCCCUUUUGCAAGCGUCGCCUUUGUGUCGUGCGUCUUCGGUCGGAUCACAAACCAUCUUCGUCUCCCCCAAUCGCAAGACGACGAUAGUUACAGCACUGGAGGCUUCUGGCAGCGGCACAGGUCUUACGAUGAGAUUCUGCUGCAUUUUGCUCUGUCAAUGCCAAAUCACCUGCGUCUUUCCAGUGGGAUGGGCAAUCCCAAUAUCACUUUUAGUAACAUUGCUCUCCAUACUUCUAUUAUAUGUCUUCAUCAAGCUGCUGCCUUCAGAGCGGAGGCGAACAACACAACAGAGCACCCCAUUGUUGAGAGCAAGCUACGGUGUAUUGCUGCCGCCCACCAAAUUUUGGGGAUUAUAAAGAUGACUGGCCCUGUCCAAAUGAGCAAGAUGAAUCCUUUUGUGACAUUCUGCGUCUAUGUAGCAGCACGCGUAUAUAUCCAGCAUCUCAAGCUUCGUCCUGAAGAUACGGAGGCUCACUCUGCUUUCCAAUUUUUCCGUUCAGUUCUCCAUACCCUCAAAAUUACAAAUCCGCUAGCUGAGUCCUUCCUCUUCCAGUUGGAUGUUGAUAAUGAAGGGGGUUUAUUUCAAGACCUUCAGCUUCCGACAAACAAUUUUCCUGUUGAGAUACUUUCCCCUAGCAACCUAUAACAAGACAAGGAUGGUUGUAAUGGCUGAUUUUGUGUAAACAACCAUUUUCUUGUUCUUUGGGACUUAUAUAUUAA